AUGAUCAUCGAGGAGCUGCCGAGUGGCCCGCAGGCGGCGGCGGAACUUGCGGCGAAAGGCGACGCGCAGUUUGUGGACGAGGACUACGACGCGGCCGUGGAUCUGUACACGCAGGCGAUCAGCGCGAAUGGCGCGACCGAAACUCUUCUGUGCAAACGGGCAGCCGCGCACAUUAAGCUCGAGAAUUUCACAGAUGCGGUGGCAGAUGCAAAUGCGGCGAUCAAGCUGAACCCGUCUUACGCGCUGGCCUACCUGCGUAAAGGAGUCGCCUGCCAUCAUCUAGAGGAGUAUGAAACAGCCCUGGCAGCAUUCAAGGCGGGAGCCAAGCUGGAGCCGGAUAACUCCAAGUUCAAAAACGGCAUUCGCAAGGCAGAGGCGGAGCUGCAGAGCCAAGAGGAAGACAUGACAGUUGACGCCCCUGCCGCCUCUGCUGCUCCAUCCGCGACAGAAGCCCCUACUGCCACCACUGCCUCUCCUGCGCCUGCUCCCCCUGCUCCUUCUGCUCCUGUCUCUACACCAGCGCCGGCACCAGCACCAGCACCUAAGUAUAGGCACGAGUUCUAUCAGUCGGCCACAACAGUGGUGGUGACUGUGUUCGCCAAGGGCAUUUCAUCAGAGCAGCUGAAAGUGCAGAUCGGAGAGCAAGUGCUGAGUGUGGUGAUCGAAUCGACCAAUGACGAGCCGCCAUAUGUCCUGCAGCUGCGGCUGUUUGGAAAGGUGGACCCGGCAAAGAGCAAGCACGUGCUGAUGAGCACCAAGAUCGAGGUGCGGCUGGCCAAGGCGGAGGCCAUUCACUGGACGGCUCUGGAGGCGACCAGGCGACCAGCCGUGGUGCAGCCUGUGAACGUGUCUGAUGAAACCGCGGAGAAGCUGAAGCAUAUGUACCCUUCGUCACGCAAGCAGCAUGUGAACUGGGACCAGCUGGAGGCGGAGGUGAAGGCAGAGGAGAAGGACGAGAAGCUGGAUGGGGACGCGGCUCUCAACAAGCUCUUUCAAGACAUCUAUGCAGGGGCAGACGAGGAGACCCGUCGCGCCAUGAACAAGUCGUUUGUGGAAUCAAAAGGCACAGUGCUGUCAACAAACUGGAAGGAGGUUGGGUCUGGGAAGGUUGAUGCCAAGGAUUGA